AUGUUCGGCAAGUUGUACCACCUUUUCUCGAUUAAAUACGUGUUCCUUGCCUCGGUGGCUACCUUCGAGAUAGGGUCGUUGAUCGCCGGCGCAGCACCUACAUCUGCUGCGCUGGUUCUGGGACGAGCCGUGUCUGGGGUAGGCGGCGCGGGGAUCAUUUCAGGGCUCUUCACUAUGGUAGUGCAGAGCUUUCCGCUUCAUCGGCGUCCUUUCUUUACUGGCAUCGCGGUUGGGGUUGAAGACCCUCAGAAGAAUACUCGUGUGGAUCUUCCAUGGAGAGCAAAGCUUCGAGGGCUUGAUCUCCUGGGAACGAGCGUAUUUGUGCCCGCUAUUACAUCCCUAUUAUUGGCCCUUCAGUGGGGAGGCUCUAAAUAUGGAUGGCGCAACGCACGGAUUAUUGUUCUCAUCGCACUGACGGUCGUUCCUUUGGGAGCAUUCAUAUGGAAGGAAAAGAAGAAGGGCGAUAAUGCACUGCUUCCCGGACGAAUCAUGCGGCGUUGCAGCUUACUCGCAGGUAUGUGGUUCUCCUUCUGCAACAACUCCACGCUCUCUGUCUUCAAGUACUAUAUGCCAACUUAUUUUCAGGUCGUUCGCGGCACAUCCGCGACGGCAUCAGGUGCGCUGAGCCUCCCCAUCGCGAUCGGCGUGCCUCUAGCCGUCUUCUGUGGAAGCUCGGCCACCAGUCUCCUGGGAUACUAUACCCCCUUCAUGAUCGUUACCGGGAUACUGACGCUCAUUGCGGCGGGCUUACUGACAACGUUGUCGGUGAAGCAGUCUCUAACCUCUUUCCUCUGCUACAAAGCUCUCCUAGGCAUAAGAGCGGGUGUAGGUUUUCGAGGCCCCCAGGUCGCCGUGCAGACCGUUCUAUCAGUCAAGGACUCCCCGAUAGGCAUUGCCAUAAUCAUUUUCGCCCAGAACUUCGGCCCGGCCCUCUUCGUCUCUAUCGCACAGACCGUUUUUACUGGACAACCGCUUGCUCGUGUGGGGUCAAUCUUACCCAACCUAGACGCCUACCCGUUGUCGGCCAUGGGAAUGAUUGAUUUGGAGAAGUAUGGUCCUCCCGCCGAUAUGGACCGGGUGAUUGAGGGGUAUGAUAAGGCGUUGACGACGGCUUUCUUUCUCCCUGUUGGGUUGGCUUGUGUUAGCAUGAUUGGGGCCUGGGGAUGGGGUGGAGGAGUGUAA